GAUGGCCGAUUUAGGCCCUAGGAAAUUCGAAGGGAUUGGCCCUACGACUAAGGAUGGAAUGCCAAUUGUACUUAGAUCUGAAGUGAAAGAAAACAAUCAAGCGAAAUGGUACAAACGAAUGUACGACACGAUACACAAAAGUCCGAACGAUGAUUUUGUCACAGUACGAUACAAAACUCGAAGAGUUCUGUGGCCGCCCGCAGGUCGCUACCCGCACUACUCGUCCUGCUCCAGGCCUGGUUCGAGUCUCGGGAGAUCAGUUGCAGGAGCAGAACAAAGAGGUCAGGCCAACGGUUAUGCGAGCGAACCCGAACCUGCUCUCGGUUACGAUUCGGAUUAUUACGAGGACAGAGGCGGAGCAGGGUUCAGGAGCAGCAGUCGGACUGAUAGUAGAUAUGAACAGAGUGUUUAUAAAAAUCAGCCUGGCAGGAUCGAAGACUACACACCAGGUUGCAGUUCUUUGGCAGAACGAGAAACAAAACAGUGGUGGGAUGAAGUAAUGGACAUAUUUGACGGGCAUCUCGAACAGCAGAAAUAUGCGACGACAAGCAAUUCUAAAUCGUAUGGACAUUUAUCAAGGGCUUUGCAAGAACAAGGUUACGAAAGCGAUUCCCAAUUACUAAGACGCCGAAAUGGAGAAAUGUCAUCACCAGCUCCUCCUCUAAGUCCUCCUCAGCAACGGGAGGCCUAUAGAAACCUCCAAGCUGGAGGCGAUGCUCCUAUACAAGGAUUCCGAAAACCUGCUCCUGAGCGCCCGAAAGACCCUGAAGUGCCUCCACCGCCGCCACCAAAAGGCCAGCCAAUUGGAGGACAAUACAGACCAGGUGGGUAG